UUUGGGUUCAUUUUUAAAAUGUUACGCUCUUCAACAAAUUAUCAGUGGAGGUAACAAGAAAUUCCCAUUGUUGGAAAUUAUGGUUCUUUUUGCUAAAUAUCAAAGAUAGCGCCAAGCAAACGAAGUGACGAUGGGGACGGAGUUGGAGAACCUGAAGGAAGUGCCGGGAUUCAAGGCAGUACUGCGUGCAGUCAUCAAGGCCCAGAUACAGCUGUUGUUACAGCAGCUAUCAGAUCAUGCUGAUGAUGAAUCGCUGGUGCUAACAGCAGGCGUUAAUGAUGGAACCAUUUCCCAGCUGGGCUCGGGAACUGGAAAGGGCUUCCUUGAAGGGCACGAAGAAAUAAAGUCUCAGUUUCUUGGGCAUUGCUUGAAAACACACCACAGCAAGGCACCAACCGAAACCAGAGGGUCACCGUACCAGAGACCUCUGGACCCUUUUAGCAAAAAAAAUGUGCCUAAAUCUAGCAAAACCCUUGCCCAACCCCCAGCUCUGAAAAACUUUGGGGAGGGGUAUAAUAAACAUACAGGUGACAAGACUAUCGCUCAGAUGCUGGCAGAUAAAACUGGUUCAGCUAGUCAGAGUAAUGUGAAUAUGGAUAAAGGUGAGAAUAUGGUGAACUUUGAUGCAACAAAAGUGACAUUCGAUGCAGGACUUGACUUAAACCAUACCCAAACCAGUUGUGCUAAUGAGAGUGAACAGUCUGACAAUGAACUGAAGAAAAUGGACAAACUUGGACACAAACUAGCUCCUGAUUCCACUCUUGAAAGUGAAAACUUGUCGAACCCAACCAGUAUAAAAAUUGAACCAAUAACUGAGAACGAAAUGGAGCUAGAAAUCACAGGAGUUGAACCAGGUCAACCAAAAGCUCCACCUACCCAGACUUGGCCCCAGGGCCCCGCGUUUACUGUCACAACCAGCGGGGGUGAGGUUGACCAAGGGGAAGAAACUACAGACGAUGGUUCAGAAGCUUAUACUGAAGCCAAGCCUUCUCAACCAGCCUCCAGCCCACCUGCCGACCAGAUUGACCUUACAGCAGAUGAUGACCAAGAGGACACUGACCAGGGGGUGGUGUAUAGUUACCAUGACAAUAGUGAUGGUGCAGGGACCUUCAUUGUGACAACAGUGCCUAAUAUUGCCCAGUCAGAAGACCCAGUGUGUAAUUUAAGCAUUAUUGAUGUGUCUUCACUUUCAACAUCUCAAAUUGAAGCUAACUCCUUUCAAAAUCCAAGCACUUUGGUCCCAAGUUUUUUAUAUGACAGUUCUGGGAACAUCACUGCAAACUAUUCUCAAACUCAAAAUGCUGCUAUUGCAGUAAAUGAUGUGAACAAUCCUGGUCUUACAUACAGUAGUUCUGGUUACUAUUGUGUUUCAAGUGCUGUUAAUCUUAGUUCAGGACCUGCUGAUGAAGCAAUGUCAAGGUCAUGGAAAUAUUCUGAUGCAAGCUCUUCAGCGACUUGGACUCAACAAAGCUCUUCAUUGACGCAGACCACCUAUGAAAUUGAAGAAGGGGAGGAAACAGUUAUUGAAGAGUCAUAUCAGGACCCUAGCCAGCCUAUGUUAGAAUCCAUACCAAUAAAUCCAUUCAAAGCAGUGAAAUUCAAUAAGGAGUUCUAUGGUCGGAGUAAAACCAGAAUUUUGUUGAAGAAACAAAUUUGUCAUAUUUGUAAUAAAAGAUUGUUGAAGAAGAGUGAUUUGGAGAGACAUAUUCGAACACACACCGGUGAAAGACCAUUCAGAUGCCCUGCCUGUGGGAGAAAUUUCAGUCAGAAACAUAACUUGUACUUGCAUAGGCGUCAGUUCAGACAUUAGUACAAUGGGAAAAUUGACUGUUAAAAUCUUGUUUUCAUGAAUAUUUGUGAGGUAGGGGAGAAAACUCUUCUACUAAUGAAAUUGCAUGUUACAACUUUGAUACCUUUCAUCUUAAAGAUGAACCAUGACAGCAUAAAGAGGUUUUGUUGCUAAAUAUAAAAAAGAAUACAGGACCUAAUUUCAUUUGCUAAGAUUCCGAAGUGGUCCCAAUUUAGCACCAAUAAAACUACCUCAUGUUCAUGAUUACAAGAUUUUCGUAGCAAAAUGUCCCACAGUUCUCAAUGCAGCAGAGCAAUAGUGUACAUGAGGUUAAUCUGACAAUGUUUACAUACUAGAUUACAGGUGUACUGUGGUGUACUGUGGUGUAUAGUGGUGUACUGUGGUGUACAGUGGUGUACUGUGGUGUUCAGUGGUGUUCUGUGGUAUACACUGGUGUUGAACAAUUUCAAAGAUGCCUGGGGAAAGUUUUUUGUUUUGAAAUUCAGUUUUCCAUAGACUCAUGCUUUUGUAUUUUAUGCAUAAAUGUAAAGACAAACUACAUGUAGAAAAUUACAUAUUUAAGAGCAGUUGUGAAACCUUUUUUCGUACCGGUAUGUGUAUUUAUAGACUUCACUAGGCACAAGAGAGUUGAAAAUGCCCUCUGUUUCUAUAUUGAGUAAAAAUACAAUUAAAGGUUAUUAGUACUGUACUGUUUUGAUAUGGGAGAUUGUAUUCAGCUCUCUUCGAAAUCUGCAAAGAUCCACGAGAGUUGAAUACAACAAUCCGGAUCAAAACUCAGUACUAAUGACCUUUUUAUUAUACACAUUACUGGGUAGAUCACUUCAAAGCCACAUAUUUUCAUAGUGAAUGUCAUUUUAACGAUGCACUAUUAUGUUUUAUUCCAUCAUUUUAACAUCGCGCAACGAUACUUUUUAUGACGUGAUGUCACAAGAGUGGAAUACAGCUGUAUUGCGCUGGAGUGGAAUACGGACUACCGUAUUUUGCUAUAUGUAAAUGCUUGUGGAUUUAUGAUAGGUAUAAUUAUAAUAAAAAUCCUUAUGCACUUAAGUCCACAAUCUGCUGUUUGUGGAUCUGGGGAGCCCACUUCUUUUACCAUCUUUUGAUUUGACACUAAAUUUGAAUUAUGACCACCCUAAUUCAUUAUACUUAGAAUCUGCUUAAAAAGACAAUAUUGUUUAAAGCAGCACUCGCACAGAUUGAUUUUUUUUGACAACUUUGUUUUUAUUUUUUGUUUUGGAAUGAGCCAAUUUUUGUGUAAAUAUCUGGAAACUAGUAAUAUUAAUAUGCUGACUAAAGAGCAGAUCACAAUUUUAAUAUUGAUGUUUGAAAAUUGAUGUUUUAUGGCUAAAAGCAUAACUAAUGCUUUAAAAAAUGGAUUUUUUUGGCAAUUCCAAACAACUGAAACCUGUAAGUUCUAUUGCGAGUUUACUUAUAUGACUGAAUUGAAGGCACUGAUGCCAAACUGAGCUUCUGUUAGAUUCUGAAUAAAAAAUAAAGGUCAAAACUGUCAUUAUUUGAGAGUGCAGCUUUAAGGAAAGAAUAUAUUGUUUAAAUAAAUAUUUUUUUAAGUUUGUCCAAGGUUAUCAUGAAGCUAGUAAUUCCUUCCAUUGGUUAAACAGUUAUGAAUAUUCAUAUCAGGGUGGCUUGGCGUCAUGUCACUUGUAAGAGGCAUAAACAGAAAUAAAAUGAAUUUAUCUUUGCCCUCUGGAUGGACAACAAGUUAUUGUACUAUAUAUUUCACAUUUUGUGCCAAAUGAGGGAACAUUGUAUUGUUGAAUAGUUUUAAUGAGAGAGGGUGUAGUUAAUGAAAAUGAAACUUUUUUGCAUGAAAUACUUUUACUUUGUCUUGAUUUGCAGUUGUUAAUGUGUAAACAGAUAAAGGGGUUAAGCUUAUGAAUUCUAGGAGGGAGCUGCUUCUUGCCCUUUCUGUUAUCAUCCCUCUGAUUCAUGCAAAAUCCAGCAUGUGCAUCAUUUUACAUUGUACCUUCUUGUAGUUGAAUGCUUUAGAUAACAACAUGUUUCCUUAGUUUUAUUACAUGUACAUACAAACUUGAUAAAUCUUGCAGUUGAAGCCUAAAACUACUUCAAUUCAAUACAUUUCUAUAUUUCGGUCUAAUUUAUUAUAUUCAAAUUCUGUUUCCAAGGUUUGAGCGCAUUUGCAUAUCUCUAUUUAGAAAUGGUAGGCCCGGUUAAGCACAUGUUUCUGGAACUUGUAAUAUUUUUUUUCAUUUCAAGAAAAAUAGGAAUGCACAUCAAAGCCUACCAUUCAUUGAAAUAUCUGCAAGUUAGCAUGCCCCCUGAGCCUUCCUAGCAAAUGGGGCCUGAAUAUCAAUUCUGGGGCAGUGAUUGCAAACCAUCUUAAGCUUGAGUAUCAGACUAAAUAUUACAAAUUUUAAGUAACUUUACCUCUUACAUAGCAUUGAUGGUGAAAUUUGCUCAUUUUUAUAACUAUUUCAAUGUUGUACCUUAAUAUACUUAUAUAAUUCUUAACUGAAAUGGAAUAAAAAAAUGAUUGUUUGAUCCUUAAUGGAAAUGCUUUUCUGAGUCAAAGUCUAGACUUAGACUUAAGACUGGUUGAAUUCAUGGCCCUAGGUCUAGAGAUAUGCCCCUGGAACUGUACAUACUCCAGUUGUAAUAUAUCCUGAAUUUUUAGUUUUGUUAUCUUUGUACAAUUCAUUUGCAUGUGUAAUUAUUUCUUGAAUAUGUUCAUUAAAGGUAAAAAAUCACUGUCAGUCACAUUUAUGUUCUUAUUGAUAUCAUGGGAAGGCUGAACAAUUCUUGUCAAUAUUAGUGUGGUGUAACUGUGGUACCUCCUUAUCAAUAUUACUGUGGUGUUACACUGUCAAUAUUAAUGUGGUGUUACCUUGUCAAUAUCACUGUGG